UUGUUGAAGAGCUUCCUAUCAUCCUCUCUAAUCACUACUCACAGUAACCUCAACUGCUGCCACAAUGUACAAGCUGCUAGUCUUGUCUUGCAUUGCACUAACUCUUGCACUCCUCACAAGCAGUGCACCUACUUCAAGCUCUACAACGGAAACAGAGGACCAAUUGGAGCAAUUGCUGCUGGAUUUACAGAAGCUUUUGGACGGAGUUACUAAGAACCCCAAACGCCCCCGGAUGCUAAAAUUAAAACUCUACAUACCCAAGCAGGUCUCAGAAUUGAAACACCUUCAGUGCCUGGAAGAAGAACUCAAACCCCUGGAGGAAGUGCUAAAUUUAGCUGAACCCAAAAGCUUACCCUGGGUAGAUACAAAAGUUUUCAUCAGUAAUAUCAAUAUAACAGUUCUGAAUCUACAGGGAUCUGAACCAGCAUUCAUAUGUGAAUCAGAUGACGGAGUAGACAUUAUAGAAUUUUUGAAGAGAUGGAUUACUUUUUGUCAGAAAAUUAUCUCAAGACUGACUUGAUUAUCAUGUGCCUCCCAUUUAAAACAUAUAAGGCUUUCUAUUUAUUUAAAUAUUUAAAUUUUAUAUUUAUUUUUGAAUGUAUGGUUUGGUACCUUUUGUGACUAGUAUUCUUAGUCUUCAGAUCAUAAAUAUGGAUCUUUUAAGAUUCUUUUUGUAAGCCCUAAGGGCUUUACAAUGGUUUCAUUUAAACUAUUUAUU